AUGGCUGAGCUGAGUUUAUCACCCAUGGCUGGAGCAAAUGAACAGUCUCAUAAGGGAUCUUGCACUGAAUGCUUGAAACUACCGAGAAAGUUGUUCGAACCAGGCUCGACAAUCUCGCAUUCAUUCUACAGCGGUGACGGGGCCGCUGCGAGAAUCCAGCUUUCGGCUCAACAAGGGUGCCAUUUCUGUACCUUGAUAUUCGAUGCCCUUGAGGCAGGGCAGAAAGGCGACUCUGAAGUCACAAUUGACAAGAACGGAAUUUCACUCAGGACCCUAUGGACUACCUCAUGGCCCGGGUAUUGGCAACCUAAGGUAGCGGAUUACUCAGUACUCAGACCUGACGAGGAGCACAUUACUACUCCCGCCCGUAACAGUUCUCCGGAUCAAAGGCCUGGUCCUCUUUUGAAGCUGACCUGGGGUAAUUGCGUCACUCAUCUCCGCUUCAAUAUCCACUCUGAUGCUAGUUCCAAGAAACCGGGGAAGCACGUAACGAAUUGGGACUUGUAUAGCCAAACGAAGGACUUUGAGCCAGCCGAGAAGCACUUUUCCCCCUUGGCGGCACAAGCGGACUCCCCCAAGGUGUUUCAGCUUCUGAACUUCUGGCUGGAUGAAUGCCAGAAAAGGCACCGCGAUAAAUGCGCGUACGUGGGAGAACUUGUUUUGGAGCACGAAUUUGCUUCGCCUACAAGACUGCUGCGCGUCGGCGAGGAAGGCGAGAACAUUGUCCUGGUGCUCUCGGCCGGUCUGAAGCGAGAUGAAGGCGGCUUCGGGCCCUCUUACACCGCGUUGAGCCACUGCUGGGGAGAUCCCAAAAGUGUGCCACAAACGACAAAGGCGAAUCUGGAGCAGAUGAUGCGUGUUGGUCUUCGCUACGAUGAGUUAUCUCCCACGUUCCAGCAUGCCGUCAAGAUCGCUAGAGAGCUUAAUAUUGGGUGGCUCUGGAUCGAUUCUUUGUGUAUAGUUCAAGACGACAAGGCCGACAAGGACCGCGAGCUGCCACUGAUGGAAAUUAUCUACUCCAUGGCUAUCUGCACUCUCGUCGCAUCGGACUCGAAAGAUGGGAGUGGCGGUUGCUUCCUCCCUCGAGGAUCCAACCCGGAUAUGCACGUACGACCCUGUACAAAGACUUUUAACGAAGUGAAGACCAAGGUCUCAGUCACCUUCCAGCCCUACAUGGCAGACUGGGCCCAGUCGGUGACCAAUGGGCCCCUGUUCUCCCGUGGCUGGUGCUUCCAGGAGAGGCAGCUGUCGAAAAGAAUCAUCUACUUCACCAAGAGUCAAGUACUCUGGGAAUGCCGAGCGUCCAUCGCAUCCGAGGCAUACCCUGAGAUCAGCAGUUGGUUUACUCGAUCAGAACCCCGAUUUAUGGCUCCGCCCUUCCGCGUAACUUGGGCUCGAAUAACCGACAGAACAAUGCUAUACAAUAGCCUCGAGCGGGUUCAGCCGUGGUUAGAUGACUGGCUGCGCGUCGUCGAGGCUUAUUCUGGCAAAUCUCUCAGCAAACCGGAAGAUCGACUUCCCGCGAUUGCCGGUGUAGCAGCGCACUUUCAGCAAAACAUACGCCGGCCCGACCGUUCUCUCAGCAGCUACGUAGCUGGAAUGUGGUUUUGUGAUCUUGCGAGAGGGCUUUCAUGGAAGCCGUCCCUCGACCUUGGUACACAUAGACCAGCGAAAGACAAAGGCUGGCCCCCGCCCCUCAGGAAUUCCACGACAUUCAAUGCUAUACCGGAAACACAACCCGAGCCCCUAUCCGUGUGGCUUCCGUCCUGGUCAUGGGUAUCAGUUGAUGGUCGUGUGCGGUACCCUUACGCCAAAACUUCCUCCCAAAAGCCGACUGUGAUCGGAAUGGGCGGUAUGGAACAUCUCAAUCCAAAUUCUAAGAAUUUCGACAACGUGUCGGUUCCUGACACGCCUCUCGAACCAUUCUUCGGCCGCAUCUCUCUUGAGACUGACUUCGAGUUUGGGGAGCUCGAAGGGGGGAUUAUUGGCCUCACAAACUACACUGUUGAGACUACGAUAUCCGAAAAACAUCUCAUCAAAGAUUCGAUUGCUGUGACUGGAAUUCCCAAGUGCUAUUCAAUGUUGAAGCAAAGCACCAAUCCGUUCAAAAUCAACAGGCGGUCAGAGCCAUCGGCCGGCGGCGUCAUCAUCAUGGAUACGAGCCCAACUCAGCUUCCAAAGACAAGAUUAUAUUGCCUGAGGCUCGGCAACUCCAAGAGUCUGUUCAACAACGAAAACUUGGUCGAGAUUGGUCUAGUUUUAUUGGAGACGCCUUACAAGUCCAUGGCUGGACUUAGCUCACGAUGGCAUUCGAGGUCUGGUCCGGUGGUACAAAGAGUUGGCUUUUUCGAGAUUGGCAUGUGGGACAAGCAAUGGGUCGAGAAAUCUCGACAAAGAACCUUCUAUAUCAUAUAG